ACACUGCAGUAACUGGAGCAUUUAUAAAGAGAUUAUGUCUAAUGGGAACAUGGGCUGAUUUCAAAACACAAACUUCUGCAUGCAGAGAAAAAAAAAACAUAUUUAAUCACUUCAACACUCAUCUGAGCUCACAUAGUGUAAUGGAGCAACUUUAGCUCUUUUCUAUUUGGAGCAGAUAGCUGUAACUUAAUCUUUAAGAGUUAGUGGAAGGAGCAUGUGCGUGGGGGGGCCUAUACCGGAGGGAAAUUGGCCAGCUGGUGGUCAGAGAGUCAAACUGUUUUUUUCUUAUUCGACCAAUCUAAAGAGGGAACUCAUGCACAGGAAGCCUUGAAACGCAUGGAGGGAGUGAGCAGCAAACUAAAAAAGACCACGCCUGAAUCUGCUCGCAGCCGAGUGCACGUAUGAUCUGCUCAUGACUGCAUGCAGCACUUCCUCGCCUGACUGGGUGGACUGCAUCUUGACUUCUGGAGGGGCAGAAUGUCACGACGGGACCAGAGAUUUCGGAAAGGAGUUAAAGGGCGGUGCUGUGAGUGUGACUGUAUCCUGUCUCACUGGUACUAUGAGAGGGAGGGUCAGCUCUUCUGCAAGAAACACUACUGGUCUCGCUUUGGAGAACACUGCCACGGCUGCAAGGAGACCAUCCUAACAGGACUUAUCAUGGUUGCUGGAGAACAAAAGUACCACCCUGAGUGCUUCACCUGCAUAAAGUGUGAAAUGGUCAUUGGAGAUGGAGACACGUACACGCUUAUUGAACGCUCCAAACUGUACUGCGGCCACUGCUUCAGUCAGGGUGUGGUAACAGAUGGGAGGGCAAUUUCUUCGCUUACCAAGAGGCCUCACAUGGUGGCGCUGGUCACGCUGCCUCCCCGAGCAGCUUGCAGAAAAGGCCUGACUUUUACAGUUGACUUUAAUCAAGACCCAGGACCUCUCGUCACAGUAACACAGUUAGACCCAACAGUCCUCAGUCCUGACCUGCUGUCUUCUGUCCAAGAGGGCGACAGAGUCCUGGAAGUCAACGGCAUUCCCAUCCAGAAUGUCUCCCCAGAUGAGAUAAACCGAGUGAUUCAAGACACGAGCAGACCUCUGCAGCUGACCAUUGAGCAUAACCCACAACCUUCUCACGACGACCUUCAACCAGACAUUUCUGCUGAUAGCAUUAGCUCGCCUUCACCCCAUAUCCAAGACAAGCUUUCCUCGAAGCUUCCCAGUCUGGAGGAGGAACCAACUCAUCAUGAAGAGGCAGAGGGACAGAAGACAAACCUCUCACCACCUCAGCAACAAGGAGCCACAGGGAUGCGAUCCAGACUCAUUCUCCGCAGCUGCAGUAUCGACAAGUGUCCACUGUCCCCCAGAGCUCUGUCCCUCAUAUCCCAACGGAAGGACAUGGUUCGCUCUGAGUCUCUCAGAGUGGACCCUGGAGAACGGACGCAUCGCAUCUUUAGACCGUCAGACCUGAUCCACGGAGAAGUGUUGGGCAAAGGCUGCUUUGGACAAGCUGUUAAGGUAACACACCAAGAAACAGGAGAGGUGAUGGUGAUGAAGGAGUUGAUACGCUUCGAUGAAGAGACUCAGAGGACAUUCCUGAAGGAGGUGAAGGUGAUGCGGUGUCUCGAUCAUCCCAAUGUCCUCAAGUUUAUUGGACUGUUUUAUAAAGACAAGCGCAUACAUUUUGUCUCUGAAUAUAUUCAAGGGGGAACACUCCGAGAAGCAAUCACAAAAAUGGACCAGGACUUCUCCUGGACUGUUAGAGUCGGUUAUGCCAAAGAUAUUGCAGCAGGAAUGGCAUAUCUGCACUCCAUGAAUGUCAUCCACCGAGAUCUGAACUCUUACAACUGUCUGGUCAGAGAGAAUCACUCAGUGGUGGUAGCAGACUUUGGACUUGCCAGGUUGGUGAUGGAGGAGAAAAAUCAGAGCAAGACGUCCUCUCUAGAACGACCUGCAAAGGGGAACCUAUCAGAGCUGCGGAGACCAGACCGCCGAAAACGAUAUACAGUGGUGGGAAACCCUUACUGGAUGGCGCCGGAGAUGAUCCACGGGAAAAGCUACGAUGAACGAGUGGACAUAUUUUCUUUUGGAAUCAUGACAUGUGAGAUUAUUGGUCUAGUCAGCGCUGAUCCUGAUUUCCUUCCUCGAACGAAUGACUUUGGACUCAACGUCCCAAGUUUCCUGCAGCAGUAUUACCCUCCCGAGUGCCCCUCUGCCUUCCUGCCUCUGGCUGCUCUCUGCUGCGACUUGGAUGCUGAUAAACGUCCCUCGUUUUCAAAGCUGGAGGAGUACCUGGACAACGUAGUGAUGCACCUGAACAUCGGUCUGCCUUUGCUCUCUGAGUUGGAGCAGCUCUGUAGAGCCUUCUGGAAGAAUUACGACCAGCAAUGCCUCUCUCCAAACCAGGACAAGACCAAACAUCAGAAGCUUUGCUCGCAGGCGGACAAACAAACCAACAGUGCCAAACAUUGCACAGAAAAUCCAAACAAUCACACAGAGCCUUAUCAUUCAACUCCAAGUCCAAAUCCAAAUACACUUGAAAGUCAUUUAAAUGGGAAUUUGGAGCGACGCCGUGAUCUCAACAAUGUGAGGACUGGAUCGAAGGACACAAAUCUCUUAUUCCUAAAGAUCACAGACAAAAAUGAGAGUGACACCUGUGAGACGACGAGUGACUCCACAGGUAAACCAGAAUCCCAGCCGGAUUCCUCUGAGGCUCAGCAGGUCAAAGGUCACGCCCUUGUAGGUCGGUCAAGCAGGCCCAGAAGGGUGUGCAGAGUUCUGUGGGACAAACCCCCCGAAGACACCCCGGUGCCCUGAGUCCUCAUCAGAAACCGUUAAUAAAGACUUUUGUGCCUUUUUCAACAUCUGGGAGUCAAUCCUAAAGCUGUGAGUGGAAAAACCAGCAGAAUAAAUCACAGCGGAUCAAACAUUUGGCAAAAAAAAUGUAGCUUUGUUGUAUUUUUAAGGUUUAGAAAGAACAAUUUUAGCAAAAAGAGCCAAACCAGUUUGGAGAGUAGAGUGUUUUAAGAGUUUCAGUGUUUAUUUAUUUAUUUAUUAUCUCCGGUUCUCUUGUUAAAUUCCAUUUAACUCAGUUUAGCAUUUGCACUCUAUUUUCAUCUCUUUAGACAGCUGUGAAACGCGUGCCUUCUUAUUCCAUAAGCUAUGCUGCAUUUACCAGAAUGUUCUUUUGUACUUCUUGAGAGAAAAUGUUGGAAUUGAUCCAACGCUGAGCUGUGAAACUGUUACUGAACUGUACAUGAAACCACAGAGAGAAGACUUGAACCAGUUUAUAUCAGAGUUUAGGGUUGAAAAGCUUCAAAGCAAAUGAUACAUUAAAAUAAAAACCUGAGUAUUUU